AUGCCAGUUCUCAGCCUUGAUGCUGAGUCAGAAACAGGUAUCCCAAAAUCCCUUUGUGGUGAUCUUCUCCUAGAAACCAUGGAAGAACUGGAGCAUACUUGUCCCCAGCCACGCUCGACUCUUGCCAUACCUGCUCCAUUUGCUGUUGACACAAUCUGCCAAUGCCAAGCUCCACAUGAGAAAUUAACCAUUGCACAGGCCCAUUUAGGAACACCGGUUGACCGACCUGUCAGGGUGUAUGCGGAUGGAAUCUUUGAUCUCUUCCACUCAGGUCAUGCAAGAGCCCUUAUGCAAGCCAAGAACCUGUUCCCAAACAGUUACCUGCUAGUUGGAGUUUGCAGUGAUGAGCUAACUCACAAGUACAAAGGUUUCACAGUAAUGAAUGAGAAUGAACGCUAUGAGGCUCUCCGCCAUUGUAGGUAUGUGGAUGAAGUGAUCACCGAUGCACCGUGGACGCUGACCCCAGAAUUUUUAGAGAAACAUAAGAUUGAUUUUGUGGCACAUGAUGACAUCCCAUAUUCAUCAGCAGGUUCUGAUGAUGUCUACAAACACAUAAAGGAGGCAGGCAUGUUUGUACCAACACAGAGGACAGAAGGUAUCUCAACGUCAGACAUAAUCACUAGAAUCGUCCGUGAUUAUGAUGUUUAUGCCAGGCGCAAUCUCCAGAGGGGAUACACUGCAAAGGAGCUAAAUGUUAGCUUUAUAAACGAGAAAAAAUACAGAUUUCAAAACCAAGUUGAUAAAAUGAAAGAAAAAGUGAAAAAUGUGGAAGAAAAAUCCAAAGAAUUUGUCUACAAGGUGGAAGAAAAGAGUCAUGACUUAAUCCAGAAGUGGGAGGAGAAGUCAAGGGAGUUUAUUGGAAAUUUUCUAGAGCUGUUUGGUCCUGAUGGUGCCUGGAAGCAGAUGUUUCAGGAGAGGAGUGGGAGGAUGCUUCAAGCACUAUCUCCAAGACAGAGUCCUUCAAGCAGUCCAACCCGAGAACGUUCUCCAUCUCGUUCUCCUUCGCCUAUAGUGCCAUGGAUGCUAAAUAAGCCCUCGCCACCAUUAUCACCCAAAGGUGCAACCUCUGCUUCAAUCAGCAGUAUGAGUGAAGGAGAUGAAGAUGAAAAGUAA